AUGCUCUGUAUUGGUAUGCGUGCCAGUUGUGAUGAUGACGGCGACGAUGAUGAUCACGACGAUGAUUGUUGUAGCCUAGAAAAAAGUGAACUUUCUGGAGGUGAUCCGAACCUGCCCAGUAGAACCCAUCCGUCCCGAAGAACCAGCUGUCGGCGUAGGACCACAUCGGAGGUGACCGAGAACCACAAGCCGGAACCACAGGUGAUUACCAAGACAUUUUUUGGUGCCGAAACCCGGGAUAGCAGUUGCACUACCAAGUCGACCACCACGUGGCACUACAUUUUGUCGGCAGUCAUUGUCGUCGGUUUCAUCGUCAGCUCAGCUGAAUUACCAACAUCCGGAGAUCAUCAUCACCUUCAGCACUGUCGAUUUCAUCAAAGUGCAGUCGUCAUUAGCCCGUUCGUGUUGCUGAGCUAUCAACAUCCAGCAUUCGGCGUCGUCGUCGUCAACAUCACUAGUGGGCCAGCCUCUCCAUUCGGUGGCAGAAAAUUUGAGGCAUAUUCUACGUCAGCAGCACACGUGAGGAACCGCAUACCGAAAGUGAGGUUAGGAAGAUCGCGAAUAGUACAAACCCUAAAGCUCUCCCAAUCGGCAACUACCCAAUCCGAGAAUAAGCAAACGAAAUCCAGAUCAAUUGUGUCACAUGUCGUCUCUGAUAAUGCGCCCAGGUGUGCCUGUUGUAAGCAAGCGCAUUUCCUGUUCCAGUGUGAACAAUUUCGAGCACUUUCUCCUCAACUUCGUUUUGAACUUGUCAAAAAGAAUGGCCUUUGCAUAAACUGUCUAAAGGGAACACAUCAAGCCAGAAAUUGCUCCAGCGGAUCCUGUAAAAGUUGUUCGAAGAGGCAUCACUCGUUGCUACACCUGCCUCCAUUUCCGUCGGCUUCUGGUUCACAACCAGCAGCAUCUACUAAUCGACCUGUGCCAGUUCACAAUUCCGCUGAAGCAACUUCGUCGCAUUCGUGCCAAAUGUCGCAUCUCGUACCGAAUUUUGCCGAAAGCAAUCUGUCCGAACAAAAUUCGUCUGCCUCACCACCUGAUCCGUCGUUUCCGUUAUCGUCGCGUGUCGAUUCUUUCCCAACGCCGUCGGUCGUUUCCGUUGAUAAUCCUCCCUCUACCGCCUGCCAAAGUGUGGAAAUAAACACCCAACUACAGCAGUCAAUCGUGAUCUUGUCAACAGCAGUGAUAAAAGUGAAAGAUGCAGAAAAUAAAUACGUUUUUGCCAGAGCAUUGCUCGAUAGUGGUUCUCAACCUAGCUUCAUUUCGGAAGCCCUCUGUCAGAAACUACGUUUGAAGCGGAACAAACUCAACUCGCCAGUUAGUGGAAUUGGGCAAUCCAUCGUCAACGUUCGCUAUGGUGUUACAUUAGCCAUUGCGUCACGUUUUGAAACUUUCGCUACUCAAUUAGACUGUCUCGUACUGCCAAAGCUUACCGUCUCGCUACCCAGCCAUCACAUUGACACCUCUCGCUGGAAGAUUCCAAAACAUCUACCGCUUGCAGAUCCGCAGUUCAACAUUAGCCAAGGUGUUGAUAUCAUCAUUGGAGCUGCUUUGUUCUUCGACCUUCUUCAACACCAGCAAUUUUCCCUUGGUUCCGAGUUUCCGACGCUACAGAAAACGGUCCUCGGAUACAUCGUUUGUGGCACUUUGAAGCAGCCAAAUGCAGAGCCUAGAGAACUGCAAGCAUGCCACAUCUGCGUUGACGAUAGCCUCGAUACUCAACUUCAGAGGUUUUGGGAAGUCGAAAACUUCGAUAACGGUAAAGCUCUUACUCCUGACGAACAACACUGCGAAGAUCAUUUCAAAACUACCGUUUCCCGUGACGAUACAGGUCGUUAUAUCGUUCGCCUUCCACUCAACGAAGAGAAGGUCUCGAUGCUUGGCGAUUCAUACACCGCUGCUCUUCGAAGAUUCCAGCAAAUGGAAAAGAGAUUCGCUAUCAACCAAGAUUUGCAUCAGAGCUAUUCAGCUUUCAUGGCAGAGUACGAGAGUUUGGGUCACAUGGAGUUGAUUCGCGUCGCGCCGCGUAGCCCACAGUUUUUUCUUCCUCACCAUGCCAUCCAGCGUCCAGAAAGUACGACCACCAAAACACGAGUGGUAUUUGACGGUUCCUGUCGUGGAGCAGCCGCUCUGUCGCUCAACGACGCUCUCUACGUCGGACCAACAGUUCAGCCAGCUCUUUUCUCCACUGUCGUUAGUUUUCGCCUGCCAUUGUUCGCCAUUACCGCCGAUGCAGAGAAAAUGUUCCGGCAGAUUUGGGUCCACCCUGAUGACCGAAAAUUCCAGCAAAUUCUUUGGCGCAGAAGCCCAACUGACCCAAUCAGCACCUACCAGUUGAAAACUGUUACUUACGGUCUUGCAAGUUCGCCAUUUCACGCUGCUCGUGUGCUUAACCAACUCGCUAUCGACGAGGGAAGUCGGUAUCCUCUUGCCGUACCUGUGAUUCAAAAGGGCACAUACGUAGACGACAUAAUUUCUGGACACGACGACCACGACACGAUGAUAGAAACCUGCAAGCAACUAAUGGAAAUGUUGAAGUCGGCAGGUUUUGUUCUGCGAAAAUGGGCGUCAAACUACAAAACAGUUCUCAGCGGCGUUCCGGAAGAGCUCUGGGAGACAUCAACAGAACUAGAGCUCGAUCGUUCUCAAGCAGUCAAAACCUUGGGUUUGUUAUGGUUUCCCCAGGAGGAUGUCUUCAAGUUCAAGAUCCCUGCUCUCCCAGACCUUGAAAUUGUUACCAAGCGUAUUGUGGUUUCUGAGAUGUCUCAGCUAUUUGAUCCCCUUGGACUUUUGGGUCCUGUAGUCGUCAACGCAAAGAUGUUCGUCCAAACCCUCUGGGAGGCUGAUCUAUCGUGGGAUUCUGAGCUUGCAGAAGAGUCGGCACUAUGGUGGAGGAAAUAUCGUAGCGACAUUAAGGAGCUAUCAUCAUUACAAAUCCCUCGAAGAGUUUUGCGGAACACACAACAACAAUACACGAUCCACUGUUUUUGCGAUGCGUCGCAGAAAGGUUACGGUUGCUGCAUCUACAUUGUAUCAUCUGACGAACAAGGCCAAUUCCACUCGCAUCUUCUCACCUCAAAAUCUCGUGUCGCUCCACUUCGUGGUCAAUCUAUUCCUCGCUUGGAGCUGUGCGCAGCUCUUCUUGGCAGCCAAUUGGUUCACAAUCUGCUAACGAACACAAGAAUCACCGGAUCCGUAACAUUUUGGACGGAUUCAACAGUCGUUCUUCACUGGAUCAAUUCCCGAUCUAACUGUUGGAAAGUUUUCGUCUCCAAUCGAGUUGCAGAGAUUCAACGUCUUACAAAGGGUUCCAAAUGGAGGCACAUAUCGACGGAAUUGAACCCUGCUGAUCGUAUUUCCCGAGGAAUGCUCGCAAGCCAGAUCCUGCACGACAAGCUGUGGUGGCAUGGUCCAGAAUUUCUUUCCUCCCCCGUCGAAAUGUGGCCGGAAGGCGUUGUAUCGAUACCAUUUAAACCCGAACUGGAAGUGGAAAUGCGUCCAAUGGUUUCUCUUCACGCAAUAGAAGAAAACUUCAACAUCUUCACUCGGUUUUCGGAGCUAGCAAAGUUAUUACGAGUCGUUUCCUACUGUUUUCGCUUUCGAAAAAACUGCAAACUGCCGGAAAAUGAGCGUAUUCCAUCAUCCUUGUUGCCUGAAGAAGUAGACAUUACGCUCAAGUCCCUCAUUCGAAUCGCACAGCACCAGGAAUUUCCCACGGAAGUCCGUUUGCAUAGCCAUACCAAGUCUGGCAAUGCUGUCUCACUCGCCUCGAAAUCGCCACUCAAAAAUCUGAAUAUUAUGAUGGAUGAAUUCGGACUUCUUCGGAUUGAUGGACGUUUAAAAAAUUUGAAUGCACCGUUCGAUACUCGCCAUCCAAUUUUGUUGCCGGCAAAUCAUCAACUGAGCUUGUUGAUUGCUAGAUCGAUUCAUCUGCAGACACUUCAUGGAGGACCUUCACUUCUCCUUGCAACAAUUCGCCAACGUUUUUGGCCACUACGGGGUCGAGAGUUAGCUCGGAAGAUUGUACGCCAGUGCGUAGUCUGCUUCAGGUGCAAUCCUACAACUACAAACCAAAUCAUGGCACCUCUACCAUCUGUACGCCUAAAACCAGCCCGAGCUUUUACCUAUUCAGGAAUGGACUACUGUGGGCCGUUUUUCGUUCGUCCGCUGUUUGGGAAAGGUGCGUCGGUUAAAGUUUACGUUGCGUUGUUCGUCUGCUUGGUGGUGAAGGCCGUGCAUCUCGAAGUCGUCGCUGACUUGUCGACCGUCGCGUGCAUCAACGCCGUCAAACGUUUUGUCGCCAGUCGUGGCCGCGUUCUCGAAUUGCACUGCGACAAUGCAACCGCUUUCGUCGGGGCGGAUCGCGAAUUGCGUCGACUUCGGAAGGAGUUCCAGCAACAAUUCAAGUCGAAGGAAUGGGGCGAAUUCUGCGCAGGACACGGCAUCAUCUUUCGCUUCAUCCCAGCCCGCUCACCACACUUUGGUGGCCUCUGGGAAGCCGGAGUGAAGUCCUUUAAGUAUCAUUUUCGUCGCAUAAUGGGACAAAAGGCUUUCUCAAUGGACCAACUCCUGACCAUCGUUGCACAGAUUGAAUCUGUAUUGAACUCUCGCCCACUCAUUCCUUUAACCGACACUCCGGACGACCUCUCAUCGCUUACUCCUGGUCACUUCCUCAUUGGAGAACCGCUCGUCUCAAUUCCCGAGCCCGACCUUCUUCAUCUGUCGCCUAGUCGAAUCACCCGUUUGCAGGACAUGCAACGUUCGGUUCAAGAUCUGUGGCGCUCCUGGUCGAGGGACUAUGUAAGCCAGCUUCAUCAACGCAGUAAGUGGAGACGCCAAACUUCGGACGUUCAACAAGGUCAACUGGUACUACUGAAGCUCGACAACUACCCUCCACUUCAAUGGCCUCUUGGUCGAAUUAUCCAAACCAUCACCGGUUCCGACGGACGAGUACGCGUUGUGAUGGUCAAAACGGCGUCUGGCGAAUACAAGCGAGCGAUCACGGAAGUCGCAGUCCUACCAAUUGAGACCAGCAACGGUGAGGGUCCAUCAGCAUCAACAUCGAUCAACGACGUGGUCUGUUGA